CUUCGCUAUUUAUUCUACGGUAGAGUAUCGGGGUUGGGUUUGUCUGACGCAGAUCACCUCUCUCCGGUCAUUUUACAAGGAGUCUUCAAGGAUUUCGCAACAAUAUGUCGAAAGAUGUCCCACGCGAGCCAGAGCAGCUCCGCAAGCUCUUCAUCGGAGGUCUGAGCUUCGAGACUACAGAUGAAAGUCUGCGGGCUCAUUUUGAACAAUGGGGGAGUCUUACAGAUUGUGUGGUCAUGAGGGACCCCAACACAAAGAGGUCCAGGGGUUUUGGUUUCGUAACAUACUCAUCAGUAGACGAGGUCGAUGCUGCCAUGACUGCCCGCCCCCACAAAGUUGAUGGCAGAGUUGUUGAACCUAAACGAGCAGUUUCCAGAGAGGACUCGAACAGGCCAGGUGCCCACGUGACAGUGAAGAAGAUAUUCGUCGGAGGCAUCAAGGAAGAUACAGAGGAGUCCCACCUGCGAGACUAUUUCCAGCAGUUUGGCAAAAUUGAAGUUAUUGAUAUCAUGACUGAUCGUAGCACUGGCAAAAAGAGGGGCUUUGCCUUUGUGACCUUUGAUGACCACGAUUCUGUCGACAGGAUUGUCAUCCAGAAAUAUCACACAAUCAACUCCCACAACUGUGAAGUGAGGAAGGCCUUAACGCGCCAAGAAAUGCAGACCGCAGGAAUGGGUCGCAACGGUGGUGGUGGUGGCGGUGGUGGAAGGCCAUACGACUUUGGAGACAGGGGCUUCAAUCAGGGUGGAAGGGGAAGAUAUGGAGAUGGUCCUUACAAUUGUAAUGGAGGGGAUGGUGGCUAUGGAGGUGGACAUGGGGGGCCUGGUGGAUAUAAUAAUGGUGGCAACCGGGGGUAUAACCAAGGCUACAACCAGGGUGGUGGUGGCGGCGGCGGUGGAGGAGGUGGUGGAUAUGGAGGAAACGGCGGAAAUGGUUAUGACAACAAUGGCUAUGGUAAGUGUCAAAGCUUCCUUUAACCUUAAGAAUUCUGUGCCACAGAUUCCCCCCCUAAUUUUCUCACUCCACUCGUAGGGAACUGUGGAGGUGGUGGUGGCGGCGGCGGUGGCGGAGGGAACAGCUAUAAUAACAUGGGCCACUACGACUCGCAGGCCUCCAGCUUCGGCCCAAUGAAGACCUUCGGCGGCAGCAGCGGCGGCGGCAGGAACUUCGGUGGCUAUAGCGGUAACUCUGGCGGUGGAUAUAACCGACGUGGACAGUUUUAAAAUGUGAAGUGGACUAUGUACUUAGGAGAGGAGAGCGAGGAGAGCAGGCGAAUGACAGGGCAGCUGCAGGUUUCCUCCUAAAUCUGCUCAGCCAAACAGUUGUGGCAGGUUACUGCUGCUGCAAGAAGAGAUGUACAAUAGCUUAAUCAUGGAGGGUCUUCAUUUAAACGUUUUGUGUUUUUUCAUCAAAUGUGUUACUGGAAAGCAAGCAUUCCAAUAAGGUUUUAUGUAGAUUUUUUUUUUCAUUGAGUCUGGUUUUUAUUUGUAACUGCAACCAAUCAAGCUGAAAUAAAACAUCUUUCAGUUUUUUUAAAAA